ACUCCCAUUAAAACGCCGCAUAUCCCCGUAUACUACUACACAAUGGCGAAGAGGUCCGAGUCGCAGGUGAAAGAUGUUCUCCUAGAGCACGUUUCUCAAGACAUAAAGAAGCUCCAGUCCCUGCAGUGUGAUGUCUCUCUUCACGAAGAUACUAUUACUAGUACUAACUCGAGGGCUCAGUCAUUAUGUCAUCAUCUUGACUGCAUACUAUUACACGGUCUUUUUAGAUCUGAUUUUGGUUACUGGGCAUGCAUGACGCAAUUAUCUCAUAAAGACACCAUUAGGAGGAUCACUGACCUCAGUGUGGUGAGGACUAACAUUGGAAGAGGUCACUCGUGGUUAAAUUUGGCUCUGAACGAGCAGGUCUUUGAAAGUUAUCUAAGAAUAUUCUUGGACAACCAAUCUAUAAUCUGUCGCCAUUAUAAUAAUUAUGCUUUUUUACGUGAUAAAACUAGGCUAUCUGUUCUAAUCACACUAGUCUCUGGACUGGAUUUUGUGACCUUUGACCUUGACCUGGACGAAGAGUACCUGAAUUAUCGCAUCACGCCAAAUGAGUAUUUCAACGAUCGAACCUUUGAUCUAAAUAUCGAUUUAUCAUUUUUAUCACGAGUUACUCCAGAAACUAAACGAAAAAAAAUCGGAUUAACAUCAUCUGACAACCACAGCAGCUCUUUCCCACCAACCGGACAGCAAGUGCAACCUUUCUCCUCUCUGCCCGCCUCACUUACAGGAAAAGAAGCGGGAGGGACCAAUUUAUCUGAACCACACCCACCCACUACUACAUCUCCAAUUAAAGAGCACAUUUUAGAUGAAGGAGGGGCUGGUAUGGGUGGAGUUUUGUCCGAUGGUCAUAUAGUCGAAUCAUCAGGAGGUCCUAGUUUUAUAAACAGGUAUAUGCAGUUAGACCAACGGGAGAGAGAAAAGAAACAAUUUGUGACGCAAAAGGAGAAAGAAGAGAAAGAAAAGGAGGAGGAAGAGUUAGUUGCUGUCUCUCGCCCUCAGAAAAAAAUAAAAAAAAAGAAAAAGAAAAAGAAGAAAGAGUCAGUCGAAGAAAGUGAACCCAUGCCCACCAACGAGGACCUGACAGAUUCUCUCAAAGAUACCCAGUCCACGCCCACUCAAUCUGAGACGCCUUUAGCGGAACCAAUCAAAUUAGCCGAACCUGUGCAGCCUGUAAAGGAAGAACAAGUGCCAUUGUAUGAUGGACUAUUGACAGCUGGAGAGAGAGAAAUUGAAGAAAUUGAUAGUCGUGAAGAACAUUUAGAUCCAUUUCUUCCUGCUAUAACAAAGGAGGACAAUAGUAGCCCUUUGAUUUUACACGAUGAUCCUUCUACGUCACAUGAUGAUCAUGUGGUUCCUCAUGACAUUUCAAGGAGUAGGGCUGACGCUAUAAGUUCAAGUACUCCUUUUGAUGAUGUCAUUGAUAAAGCCACACCCAUCAAAACCACGCCCAUUGAAAUCACACGUACAGUAGCGACACCUACCUUUGAUACAGAAAAUGUUUCUCAAGCUUCUCCGAAAGCUAAAUUGUUGAUACCUGAGGCCACACCCAAUUUAAACGAGUCAAUUAAAUAUGAAGCCCCACCUACUCGUCCAAAGGAAAUCACUGAAUACAACAAGAGAGAAUGUGACGUUGAGAUUGAUGAAACAAUGAAAGUUAUUUUGUCAAUAGAUGUACUUUAUGACUCGAAAGAAUCAGUGAAAAGAGUGGUCCAGGUUCAGGUACCUGUUGGUCCCGGCCGCUAUCAAACAGUUUACCUUGCAAUAACUAACAAAGCACUGUAUCUCAUGGAAAAAGACGGUACGGAUGGCAAUUACAGUCGUAGGAUGGGUGUGAGUUAUUCCGACCUUGUAUACUUAGUGGUCGGACUCAGUUGGCAGUCACUGGGUCUUGUUUAUAUGGUCGGUGAAGCCCAGGACAAGCAGAUUAUAAUAACAGGUAAUGAAGCUGUAUCAAGGAGCAUAGCAGAUUCCAUUAGACGCACGUCUUCCGUCCCUUUGAACCGAGACGAUGAGCUGAGGACAGAGGCCAUUGAGAAAGAAUUGAUUAAACUGGGAAGCGAAACUAGUAUGGAGAGAUUAAGAUACUGUUUGGUGUAUUGGGAGCAGCUCUCAGGAGAGACUCCAUCUGUAUCACCGCCAGACGACACAGGGAAUCCAUUUUGUGGUCAUCUUGAUGUAAAAGAGAUAGGUAUCUUAAAGACAACAUGGCGGCAGUGUUACUUCACACUCAUCGAGGGAACGCUUUUCCAAUUUAACAGUGAGGCUGACAAAUCUCCCAGAGCUACUUACAGAAUGCAGGGUUCCAGAGCAGGGUGUUCUAGAACCCGAGGGGAUGCAAAACAGUUUGAAUUUUUGGUGCAAGACAAUGAUGGUGAAUCGUUAUCAUUAGCUGCUAGGGAUGAAGAGGAACUUAGCAAGUGGAUGCAAGCGCUGUGUCUAGCAGCUAUGGGACACACAGUGGACCUUACUCAGUCGUACAGUGCCAACGUGAAGAAAAGUGGUGGAUUCUGUGCAGUUUUACAAACUUUAAAUAAAAUACAUGUGUUGCUUGAGGACUGGUCAAACGAGUCUGUCCACUUAGUUGGGAGUAUAUCAGUUGAGGACAUCAACAAAAUUGCAAUAGACAGCAGCCUUCCUCUCUACUGCACUUUGGGUUAUGAUAAUUCUGAGUCUUCUGAAUCACCCUGUGUCUGGAUGUUGUGUUUCAGCUCAGAAUACGAACUUGGAAAAUUUGAGGAAACCCUCGCAGAUAGGUAUCGCGACACCUUCCAGGUUGAGCCGCCUUUUUCUGAGAUAAGAGAUUCCAAUGUUAAAAAGAGGGCGGGGCAAGCCUUGGAGCUUAUGAUAGCCAGUAAACAGAAAAGUGACAGCUUGACAAAAGGACGGAGCGAGUAUCGCUUUGAUUAAUAUGAUAACACCAAUUGAUUUAUUGAUACUAUUAAUUAAUCGAUCG